AGCCAGCUCCCGCCACACGCGGAGUCAUCCCUGCGUAAAGGCAUAACAACUCCGUGAUCCCUGCCUGCUGCCUCCCGCUCGUUGGCUUUAACGCACAGAGGGUUUAUCCCGCGAGUCUGGAGAGUGGGAGGGGGAUAUUCUCUUCCCGUUCGCGCGUCUCUCCCUCCCCGUCCUCCGGAUUUGCAGACACGAUGAGGGUCAGGGCGCGGGUGUGAGCGCAUCCCACAGGUGUGCUGCCGCCAAAACAACUGAGACUGAAACAAAACGCAGGCGCAUACCUGGAAAUUACCAUGUGACUCUGCACCUGGGCGUGGAGAAACUCCCGGUAUUUCCGAUUUGAGACCCUUUUGUGGAGGAGUUAACCUCGUUUCUGAGCGCUGCCUGAGCCGGUCUCCAAGUAUCCCGGAUUUCUCCAGACAACAGUGCCUUCCUGAAAACAUCUCCCAGGACGCGCACGGAGAUGUAAACUUGCUUACGGACGCCUUUCUUUCGUAGAAGAAUCAUUUCAUCUGAGGGGGGAGAUUCUUCUUCUUCUUCUUCUUCUGUUCGCUGUUUGUGCAUACACUCUCGCUCUUUUCCCUACAAGAGCCCAGGCCCUUAAUGAAGCUCGGGGUCAGCGGCAGUGGGAGGCUAAUUGGCCAGGUUUGCCCGGGGGUCCAGCUGCCUGUGAUUGAAGUGUCCAGUGAGCGCCCACUGUGUAGCUGCUGCACCUUACUCCGUUCCACUCCAACAGCCAAUAUACUUACUGAAUCCCUGUCAGCCUCUCCCUAAGAUGGCAUGCUGGGUUUCCUUCCUCCUGUUCUUGUUCUGCCAGUCCACAUCACAUGCCGACCCCAUCAAGGAGUUCCCCACCAAGACUCUCAUUAACAAUGUGGUUCAAGACCGGCAGACGGGCCGCAUCUACCUGGGAGCAGUCAACAACAUCUUUCAGCUCGGACCGUCUCUUCAAUUUGAGGCCAGCGCAGAGACGGGUCCCAAAGAGGACUCCCCGACCUGCACGCCUCCUGCUUCAUCUUGCCACGACACAAGUCCCAUGCCCAACACCAACAAGCUCCUGUUGGUCAACCAAAAUAAUGGUUCCCUCAUCGUCUGCGGCAGUCGCUAUCGAGGCAUUUGCUCCCUCCGCGACUUGUCGAAUGUGGGAAAGGAGCUGUAUUACACUGACAAUAAAGGAGAGAAAACAUACGUUGCCAGCAUUGAGGAUGAUGUAAACGUGGUUGGCAUCAUGUCAAACCACACUAAAGACCAAACCACCUUUGAUGUUUUUUUUGUUGGAAAGGGCUACGGAAGCCAGGACAGUGCAAUACUCAUCAGCACACGAAUUCUUCAGGACUUCCAGGACUGGGUUGUGUUUGAAAGCAUCAGUGAGCCUGCAGUGGUGCAGACAAAGUCGUACGCUCCCAAAUUCAUGCACGACUUUCGUUUUGCCUUCGAGGAGGGCGGUUUUAUCUAUUUCCUAUUUUCUCGAACUUUUGACGGUACGGAUAACAAAAUCCUUACCUUUGUAUCGCGUCUUUGCAAAAACGAUUCCUAUUACUACUCCCACACGGAACUUCAGUUGAACUGUGGAACAAAAAACCAAUAUAACAAAGUCCAAGCUGCAUUUGUGGGUUCUCCAGGAAAAUAUCUGGCUCAGGAAUUAAUAGACAAAAAUAUCAUCGGGAAUCGGGAUGCGAUGAGUAAAGUGUUGUUCAUGGUGGCAAGUUCGGACGACGAUAAAUCCGCCCUAUGCAUGUACCCCCUCGGCUCCAUCAAUGGGAGGUUGAUGGAGAUCAUCAGUGCAUGCUACAGUGACUCUGGGAAGAUUUCUAACAAGCCUGCUGUGUAUGCACCCUACUUUUCUCCAAAGGAUAUUGUCUGCAGUUCUAACGUUAGGAAAGACAUGCUAGAUCAAUACAAAUGUGGUGCAGACUUUCUUCCAUCUCCUCUGGCAAGCAGGCCAGAAUUUGCCUUUAAGGCAGAUCCAGUGUGGGAAACCCAGGGCUUUCUCACCGCUGUGGCAAUCGAUGUGGAGAACGAUCACACUGUUGCCUUCUUGGGGAACAACCAAGGAGAAGUCUUUAAGGUACACCUGGCCAAAAAGGCAGAACACUACGGCACGAUUCCUGGUGAUGGCAUGAGGGAGAAUGUUAAUAGAAACCUUUUUUUUGACCUCAGUCACAACCAUAUAUACAUUACCACAGAAAGAAAGAUCACCAAGGUGCCGGUGCAGACAUGCCUCCAAAAGACAGACUGCCAAUCAUGCAUGGACCUGAAAGACCCUUACUGUGGCUGGUGUGUCCUGGAAGGGAGAUGCACCAGGAGGUCCGAGUGCAAGCGGGCAGAGGAAAAGAACGGCUGGCUUUGGAGCCCGGCGCAGCAGUGUGUCAAGAUUGCAUCCUUUAGCCCACCGAAUUUUUCUCGUGAGAAAAGGGGAAGCUCUGUCCGAAUACACAUUCAACCUUUUCCUGCCAUUGGACCAUCUGACCAGUUGCAAUGCAAAAUUGAUUCUUUCCUGACUGAAGGUUUAUUGCAGGAUUCUGGUCAAGUUUUUUGUCUUUUGCCACAUCCUUCACUUGUUCCUCCAACACCUGAGGGUCAAGAUUUCGUGCCUGUACCAAUCAAAGUUUUGGUCAACAAGAACGUGGAGCUUGCCACUAAGGACUUCAGGUUCUACAGCUGUGCUGCCACAGUGAGGAACUCUGAAAAUGUGCCGUGCAUGUCGUGCGUGGCCAGUGCGUGGGAAUGUCAGUGGAAUAUACUCGAUCAUACCUGCAACGACAGGAAUGACGCUGUGACAGGUCCUCACAUCAUCAGACACCGUGAGAGAAUGAGUUGUCCUCGAUUUGAGAAUCCGGAUCCCAGCCUGAUCCCUGUUGGUGUUAAGACUCCAAUCAGCUUUGAAGGGAUGCACCUAAACCAGAGUCAAGUUUUCACCAUCGGCACAGAGCUAAUGAAAAAUGUAGAAGAGGAGGUCAACUUUGAAGGAGGGCAAUUCUACAAUUUCAGUGGCUUCAUUUUCCCCCACACUGAGACCGCAGAGACCAAUGUUCUUUUCUAUGUGAAGGACAAGACUUCUGGCAAGAAGGUGGACAGCACACUAAAUGUUACGCUGUACAACUGUGCCAAAGGGAGAGAGGACUGCAGCCUCUGCAAGUACGCAGACUCCAAAUACAAGUGUGUGUGGUGCAGAAAGCAGAACAAGUGUGUGUUCGAGAAGCUCUGCGGCACCCACCAGGACGAGGAUCUGCAGAACGUCCAGUGCCCCAACCCUGAGAUCACAGACGUCAAACCACUGUAUGGUCCUUUAAAUGGGAGCAUCUCCAUCACCAUAUUUGGCUCCAACCUUGGCAUUCAUAAGGAAGACAUUAAAAGCAUCACAGUGGCUGGAGAACCCUGCAUUCAUCAGAAGGAGAAGUAUUCUGUAUCCAAAAGCGUUGUUUGCGAGAUUGGCCCUAAACGAAAGCCACCCAAUGAGGGCAAGGUCGAGGUGGAGGUCAACGACAAUAAAAGAGGAAUGUCUCGCUUUAGCUUCACCUACAGAGACCCAGUUCCUACUGCAGUGAAGCCCUCUAGAGGUCCCAAAGCUGGAGGAACACUCAUUACAAUUUCUGGAAAAUUUCUUGAGACUGGAAGUAAGGUGGAUGUCCAGGUUACCAUCGGAGGAGUGCACUGCGCUGUGGAGCAGUUUGGAGAAGAGAUCACCUGUAGAACGGGAGAGUACAAAGGAGAAAAGGUGCCCUCUGAAGAUCUUCCCAUCACUUUGAAGUAUGGAAAGAGCACCUCAAGAACCAUUCAGAAAGCCUUCAAAUUCUUGGAAAACCCCACCGUGCUGGAUCACACCCCAAAAUCAAGCUUUGUCUGUGGAGGGAGGACCAUUGUGGUGACCGGGUCCGGCUUUGAUCCAAUCCAGACCGCUCGCUUGAUGGUUCAGGGAGACAAUUCAUCGCACGAUGAGCUUGCCGAAGCGAAGAACGACACAUUCAUCAAGUUCAGCUCUCCACAAAUAAAGGGCUCCCUGAACCAGCACCUUAAAACCUACAUUUAUCUGGACAGCUUUGUAAAGGAGCUGAAGCCUUUUGACUAUUAUUCAAACCCCACCUUCAACAACCUGACCAAGAUGAUCAUUCCUAGGACCAGCUUGAUUGUCAUCCACGGUCGAGGAUUCUCAAAAGCUAUGACAGUUAAAGAGACUGAAGCCUAUGUGGGAGAUGUUAAGUAUGACGUCACCGUGCUUCGAGAUGACAACCUGUUCCUGGUUCCACCUGACAAAGAGUCUCAAACUUCUGCCACAUGGAACGAGACAUCCACCAAUAAAGAGCUUGAUAUACGGAUCAAGUUUGGGAAAUCGGAAUUUAAGGCCGGCUCAGUUCAAUACGAAAGAAAGAAUGAUUUGUCUCUCUACAUCAUCAUCCCUGCGGUCAUUGUACCCAUGCUGCUCAUCAUCACUAUAUCUGUGUACUGCUACAGGAGAAAGAGUCAACAAGCAGAGAGGGAGUAUGAGAAGGUGAAACACCAGCUGGAGAAUCUGGAGGAGAGUGUACGGGACCGCUGCAAGAAGGAAUUCACUGACUUGAUGAUUGAGAUGGAAGAUCACACCAAUGACCUAAAUGAAGGAGGAAUCCCCUUUCUGGACUACAAAACCUACACAGACCGGGUCUUUUUUCUGCCCUCAAAGGAUGGCGCCAACGAUGUCAUGAUCACAGGGAAGCUGGACAUCCCAGAGGCUCGGAAAAAUACUGUCAAUGCCGCCCUGAACCAGUUUUCCAACCUACUCAACUCUAAAACCUUCCUCAUUAAUUUUAUCCGCACCCUCGAGCGCAGUCAUGACUUCAAUGCCAGGGCCAGGGUUUACUGUGCCUCCCUGCUGACAGUGGCUCUGCAUGGGAAGCUGGAAUACUACACUGAUAUCAUGAGAACUCUGCUGCUGGAGCUGAUGGAAGAAUACGUCCACAGCAAGAACCCCAAGCUCAUGCUGCGCAGAUCAGAGACAGUUGUGGAAAGGAUGCUGUGUAACUGGAUGUCCAUCUGCCUUUACCAGUUUUUAAAGGACUCUGCAGGCGAGCCCUUGUACAAACUGUUCCGCGCCAUCAAGCACCAGAUCGAAAAAGGGCCGGUGGACGCCAGAGUCAAGAAAGCCAAGUACACCCUCAACGACACAGGCCUGUUGGGGGAUGAUGUAGAGUACUCGGUUUUGAAUUUGCAGGUGUUGGUUCAAGGUGAGGGCCUAGAUGUGACGUAUGUCAAGGUACUGAACUGUGACACCAUCUCGCAAGUGAAGGAGAAGAUCAUAGAGCAAGUGUACAGGAACCUGCCAUACUCCCAGCGCCCCAAGGCUGACGGCGUCACUCUGGAGUGGCGACCAGGCUCAACAGGCCAAAUUUUGUCAGAUCUAGACCUGACCUCCCAGAAAGAAGGCAGGUGGAGGCGCAUUAACACUUUGGCACACUACAAUGUUCGCGAUAACGCCACAGUUGUUCUGUCUAAAGUGUCGCACACGCUGCAUAACUAUGACCAAAACCAGGAAAACCACGAAGAGCGAAAUGCUCUGUUGGAUGAUGAUAAAGUGUUUCACUUGGUGAGGCCAGCUGAGGAACUGGAUGAGUUCAAAUCAAAAAGAGGAAGCAUAAAAGACAAAUCAAUGACCAAAGCAAUUACAGAGAUCUAUCUGACGCGGCUUCUCUCAGUCAAGGGAACACUUCAGCAGUUUGUGGAUAACUUCUUCCGCAGUGUGUUGUGCUCCGGCGCCGUCGUUCCACCAGCUGUCAAAUAUUUCUUUGACUUCCUAGAUGAACAAGCUCUGAAACACAACAAUGUGGAUGAAGAGACCAUCCACAUCUGGAAGACCAAUAGCCUGCCUCUGAGGUUCUGGGUGAACAUCCUCAAGAACCCCCACUUCAUCUUUGACGUUCACGUGUCUGAAGUGGUGGACGCUUCACUGUCCGUCAUCGCUCAGACCUUCAUGGAUGCUUGCACCAAAAGCGAGCACAAACUCAGCCGGGACUCUCCAAGUAACAAGUUGCUCUAUGCAAAGGAGAUCUCCACCUAUAAGAAGAUGGUGGACGACUACUACAAGGACAUCAGGCUGAUGGUACCCGUCAGUGACCAGGACAUGAACACUCAUUUGGCAGAGGUGUCACGGUCUCACACAAGCAAACUGAACACACAAGUGGCUCUUCAUCAGCUUUACCAGUAUGCCAGCAAAUACUAUGAUGAGAUCAUCAAAUCACUGGAGGACGAUCCGGCUGCCCGGAGUAAAAAUCUGACCACACGGCUCAACCAGAUCGCUGCUGCCCUGGAAAACAAAGUGACUGAUCUCUAAUCGACUGAAGGGCGGGAAGACAAUAGAAGGACAUUGCCAGUGACUCAAGGGGCUUUUUUUUCCUGGGCAUAAAAAAAUGAAAUAAAUAAAAAUUAGAAAUGUUAGAGGGGACUAAUUUGAUACUGUAUACUUUACAACCUGGCCCUGGAGCAAUUUUCAGUUCUGUGGAGUAACGGAGACUAAUUAAAUGCACAUGGAGAGCAAAAAUGGGGAACAAAAUGAUGGGUUGCGCUGUUAUAGGUACGCCUUAAGGCUCACUUGCCAAACCUUCGAGGUCUGAGCGCUCACUCGUGCUUCACUGAAUAUUGCUCCCACAAUGCAGCGCGGGAGUCUCCGAGAAUUAAGCCCUUCUGUGGAUAACUGGCAUCAGAGAGAGAGAGAUAAUCAGAUGUUAAAUGUCACUUCGUGUAGAAAAAAAAGGAUUUAAGAGUUGUACUAUAUAUUUUUUUUAGUGUGAGGUCUUGAUGCGAAAAGCUUUAUAAGGAAAAAAAAAAAUUAUCUUUUUAAAUGGAUCACCUUGUGGUGCCGACAGUGUUUUUAUUAGCCUGCUUGUGUGUUUGUCGAUGCCUGUGAAAUGAGGAGGAUUGCCAGAUUUGAUCAUGUGAAUGUGAGACUGUGUGGGAAUGUUGCGUGCACACACACACACACAGGAUGCCUACUGUCAGGCGUCAGAGUGAAGUGGCGCCUGCUUUGUUGUCAUUUGAACCCCCCUCCCCCCCUCCCUAUAACUGGUAAAACUCUAGAGCUUGUGCUCUAGAAAAGUUUUACAGCAGAGACCAAAGGGUCCUCUCCAGGACGCUGGUUGAUCUUGCAAUGUGCAGGCUCAUAUGAAUGACAGGUCACCAGUCGUUUCAGAGACAUUUCAGUUCAGUCCUUUAAUUUCGAUGCAGAUUUGCUGGAUUACCGCUUGUGCUUGUGGAAAUUGAUGAUAGCACAGACGUUCUCCCUUUAUUGUACAGUGCCAUGAAACAUUCCUAUUCAACUAAAGCACAGAAAGACGUUUGUAGAGUAAUAUCUAUUUUAAUGUCAGUUAAUGACUGAAUGAAAUUUCUUUUCAUUUAACUAGAAGCCAUUUACUCUGCCAUGGAACCGUGUCACUCAUAUUUGUCCUGCAAUAAUGUCAGUACACCAUGAGCCACAGUUGUUUUAUUUGUCAUAUAGUAGCAGGUCAGCAAUAUGUUCGAUUUAUUUUCAGUUAUUUUUACAUUUUCGAUUUUUUAUUGUUGUUUUUGCGUGUGCCUAUAUAUUUUUUUUCUUAUCAAAUUGCGGUAGUUAGAAUAAUGAUCCAGUGUUUUGACUCUAAAGCUAUAAAAUAGCAUCUAGCCAAUGGUAGUAAUUUGUCAGUUGGUACUUUAAACGGUAUGUCCUGAACAAACUGUAGAGCUUUUAGAGCUUUUAUGAUUUCUGGGAGGUUGGGCUAAAUCAUGUACAUAAGUGCUUUGAUAAUUAUGAUAUUGAUAUGUCAACACCAGAGAGCAGACAGGGAUGGAAUGAGGAUUUGAUACUUCUUGGGUCAUUAAACUACAUUCCCAAAUUGUAGGAUUUGCUGUUGACAGAUGAUUCAAUUGUCCUUCUUUGUAUCUGAUCACAGAUGUGUACAGUUGAUGGAGCAGAGCGAGAUCUAGAGACCCUAGAAUGUUAACGAUUCCUGCCUGCCUUGGCUGCAGCGAGGUUUUUCCACAGACCUCAAAUCUGCCUGCCGGCCAUCUCAGCGUGGCGUUCAGGCACACCAACCAACAGCACUUGGCACUGCCCACCCACUGCAGUGCAAGUGCAAAGUGCCACUCUGUAAAUUGAAAUCAGCAGGGGAGGCUUUUGAUCUUAAUUGCGUGCCAACUGCAGAUUCCAUCCUCGUCUCGGCUGUUGUUUACCGCUGACUCCUUUCUCACUGACAGAGCUGACGUAAGAAGCUUCUUUCAGAGCCUUUCUUUAACCAACAAUGUGCCUUAUUGACUAGGAUGAUAGAUGUAUAUUGAUUCUAAAUUAUUCUGUCAGUAACCUAGGUGAUUAUGAUAAUGAUGAUAGUGCUAUAGACAACAGCAAUGUUUUGGAAAUUGUAAUCUUAUGUGUGCUGUCUAAAAUGCUAGAUGCCCUGCUGCAGCCAUGUGUGUGCCAAUAGGCUGAAGACAUUUCAGUAUGAUUUCUGUAAUGGUUGCAAUAUUACUGUGUGCGUUUUUUUUCUUUGGGUGUUGGUGUGUGCUUACUAGGAUUUUGGUGGCUCUAAGGCAAAAAAAAAGCCAAAAUGAAUAAAUGUAAAACAGUGUGAUCAGGGGUUUCCCCUGAAAAUGUCAGGCAUUCAAAACUAGUCUGAAGAUAAAAGUGUAAUCUUAUGUAGACUGAAUGAAUAUAGCUCAAAACCGUUCCAAUGGUGUUUUAUUUUCCCACCCUGUAUUUCGAAAACUAUUUCAGAGUGUGUACGAUAAAUGACUAUCUAUACUCGACAAAGGACCUUUCUUACUGCUGUGCAGUUAUUAUUUUUAUUUUUGUGUUUCCUAUAACAUAUAAAUCUUUGUAAAACAAUGUUGAAAUACUGUUAUCUAACUGUAUACUCCUAUGCAUUGAGUCCUGGGACAAAAGCAACAAAAGAGAGAAAAAAAAAAUGUUCGUGCAGUUGUCGAGACCUCUCCCCCCCUUUCCAAUUUUGAAACUUGUGAAUGUGCUGUAAUGAUAAAAGAAUCUGGGACGCUCUAUUUUCAGUACAGAACAGUACAGUUAAUGGAAGCCAAUGUUUUCUCCACAUUUAAGGCAGCUUAGAAGAUUCACAAUCUUGUUGCUAAUCUGGUUGUGAUGGAUGUACCUAAUUUUACUACAUUGUAUGUGUGGACGGAGCGGUUACCCACUGGUUUCGUCAUGCGGUCCUUGGUAAAUAAACUCAGAGACAUAUAUACCCUUCA